CCCAGAUGUGUUCCAGCGGUUUUUUUCUUAAGUAGGGGAGAAUUUGGCAAUUCCCGGAGCUGGGAGGAGCUCCCGACGUGGAUAGUUGGAGAGGAACUGGGACCAUUCCCAUUCCCCGCGGUUGUAUGAGAGGAAAGGGUGUCCAAACUUGGAAUAAGGGGAAGCAUGUUAUGGAUGUGGGAACAUCCCACUCCGGCUGUUCCCGCUUGGACCCAGAACGUUCCCUGUCCCCGGGGCGGGAGUGCGGAGUUCCUGGGGCCGAGCUGAGCGUCGGUGGGGACGGGGACUGGGACGGACGGAGGGGGCAGAACGGCGGGGCGCUGGGUCACUGCGUAGCCGGGUCCUCCAUCAGCCAGCCAGCGCCCCACAGCCCGGACAUCCAGCUGCCCAUCAUGGACUGGCAGGCCCUGGAGCAGCACAUCGCGGGGCUCCAGCAGAUGGAGACGGAGAGACAGGCCAGGGAGGGGCCCCGGCCACAGCCCCCCCACCCCCCAGCCUCGCCGGUGGGCCGGAGACGGGCGGAGGGGAUGCAGCGUUUGGUGUCGUGGCCUCGAGCGGACAGCACGGCCUGGAGAGCCAUGGGAGAGACCAUGGGCUGUGCCUCCCGAUUCCACAACCGUAUGAACCUUCAACUCUGCUUCAUCAACGACAGCAGCAGCGAGAGUGACCCCGAGGAUGAGGGGCAAAGGUCACCAGCCGACCCCGCGCCCCAGGGGUCGGCGUUGACCGGGUGCCGCGGCGAGCUGGAGCGGGAGGCGCGGCGAGGCCUAGCGCUGGUGCGGAGGCAACUGGAGCAGGAACGGCAACGACACAGAGAGAGCAGCUGCACCGGCCCGUUUCCGGGCGUGGACGGUGGGCGUUCCCUGGAGCGCGGCGAGCUGCUGGACACGUCCCCGUCCCGCCUGCGGCAACUGCGGGACGGCAUCCUCUCCCAGAUUCACCACUUCAACAGCCAGCUGAUGGAGUUGUUGGAAUGCCGCGAUGAUUUGAAGACGGAGCAGGAUGCCAUGUUGAUCGAAAUCGGUGACUUGACCCACUGAUUCGGGUCCUCUCUUCCCGAGUCUGGGAAAUUCCCGGGGGAAUGGGAAUUCCGCUUCGGAAUGGGACUGCGGACUAAAAUCGCGAGGGAAGGAACUGCAGGUGCUGGUUUACGCAGAAGACGGGCUGAAAAAUGCUGGAGUAACUCAGCGGAACAGGCCCGCAUCCCUGGCGAGAGAGAGAUGGAUAAAAAUCGCCGGAAUGGCGGGAUCUGCGGGGAAUCCUCUCCCGAACAAAUCCCGCAAGAAUCCAUUUCUGGAACGCCCACACACGGACUACAUGCCAACGAGAGCCAUGUGUGCAGCGUUUGUUCUCCGAGAGUCUUUGAUAGUCGCUGCAAGUCUCUGACUCUGUACUGAAUUUUUUAAUAUCUACAUACAUACAUAUAUAUAUAUUUUUAAAAUUACUUUUUCCUUAUUAUUGACCGACAGCUGCUGAAGAAGUGAAUGCUAUUCAGGGCUGAAGUAAACGUUUAUACAG